AUGUACUAUAGUUACCAGAUUCACGCCCGUUACAGUGUUUACUCCCUCCUACUUAAUGCGUGUAGAUUAUUCCAGCAAUACUUAGUAGAUGCAUACACCUGCAUUGAACAAGGGCGACUUGACUAUUUUCAAAACAACCAAGAACAAAUGAGAUCAGAGUACAUCACCGGGAUUUAUGAUGCACUUUCUAGGGGAGACGUCGAGGGUCGUCAUAUUGGGAAACGUGUUCUUUUGCCUCCAUCAUUCGUUGGUGGUCCGCAUUACAUGUAUAGUCACUACCAAGACGCAUUGUCGAUUUGCAGGGAGUAUGGAAAUCCACAAUACUUUAUCACCUUUACAUGUAAUGUCAAUUGGCCCGAGAUCAGACGCUAUAUGAUAGCUCAUAACCAAAUGGAUGUCCAUAGUAGAGCCGAUAUCAUUUGUCGUGUGUUCUACAUAAAAGUCAAAGCAUUUAUUAAGUUCUUAAAGGAGGAUAACACCUUUGGAGAUGUGAUGGCCCAUUUGUAUACGAUCGAAUUUCAAAAGAGGGGGUUACCACACUGUCACACUCUUUUGUGGGUGUCUGAUUCGGACAAACUACGGGAACCCCGUGAUAUUGACAGGUUCAUCACUGCUGAAAUCCCAGAUCCAAUUUAUGAGCCCUUACUAUACCAGACUAUCACAAGUUGUAUGAUUCACGGACCAUGUGGUUUACUAAAUCUAAAGUCUCCCUGCAUGAAAGAUGGCAAGUGUAGCAAACACUAUCCAAAAUCAUUUUCAGAUUCCACUGUGUUUGACAAACAAGGUUACGCGCAUUAUAAAAGAAAUUGUUUGACACGUCAUACGCUACAGAGUGGUAUUCAAAUAGACAAUGGAUACGUUGUCCCAUAUAACAAGCGCUUGUGCAGUCGUUUUAACGCACACAUAAAUGUUGAAUAUUACGGUUGGAACAUGAUGAUAAAAUACUUAUUCAAAUAUGUUUCAAAAGGUAUGGAGCGGGAAAAGUUCAUUAUUCAGAAGGAUGUUUUUACUGAUAACACUAGCACUUCUUCAGAAGCUGUUAUAGUUGAUGAAAUCAAAAGUUUUCUUGAUGGUCGAUAUAUCUGUCCACAUGAGGCUGCCUGGCGUAUUUUGAAUUUUCCAAUUCAUGAACGUAAUCCACCGGUCACUAUACUACCAGUUCAUUUGGCAAACAUGCAGACAGUUUAUUUCAGAGAAGACAGUCACAUCCGUGAUAUUGUAGAAAAACCAUCUUUUGGUAAUAGUCUGCUUUUGGGAUGGUUUGAAAGUAAUAAAUGGGACAAAAAUGGACUAGAUCUGACUUAUGUAACCUACCCUUCAAAAUACGUGUGGGAGAAGAGAAUGAAGAGGUGGAAGCGAAGACAUCUUGAAACAUCACAUGCAAUAGGUCGACUCGUGUUUGUACAUCCAUCUGCAGGAGAGUUGUUUUACCUCCGAAUGCUACUUUGCUAUCAGAAGGGUUGUAAGUCAUAUGAAGAUGUACGCACUGUUUCUAAUCGACUCCACCCAAAUUUUCGAAGCGCAUGUGAGGCAUUAGGUCUAAUUGGGGAAGACAAAGAGUGGCUAGCUGCUUUUACACAGGCAUCAGAAUGGGCGACUUCCGCGCAAUUACGCUCUCUAUUCUGCCAUUUACUCAUUUUUUGUGAAGUGAGUAACCCUAUGUCAUUAUGGGAGGCUGGAUGGUGUAAGAUGAGUGACGAUAUACUGUAUAAUCUGAAAAAGAACAAUUCUAACACAGAAUUACACGUAACCGACAAUCAUCUACAACAAUUGACUUUGUUGGAGUUAGAAAAACUUCUACGCUCAUGCACUCCAUCAAAGUCAGUAACUGAUUUUCAUUUGCCACCGCCAUCAGAAGAGGUUCAGCUGGUUUUUGAAAAUCGUUUGAUUUUAGAGGAAACAAGUUAUAAUAGAGAAGAGUUAUACAAGCAACAUCAACUAAUGGUAUCUCAAUUAAACUCUGAUCAGCUUCAGAUUUACAACUUUGUUGUAUCAGCAAACAAUACUAGAAAACAAAUUUUACUCUUCGUUUAUGGGCAUGGGGGAACCGGGAAAACGUUCCUUUGGACUACCAUACUGUCGUAUUUUCGUUCACUUGGAAAAAUUGCUCUAGCAGUUGCUGCUUCAGGUAUAGCAUCAUUACUCUUACCUUCAGGAAGGACUGCUCAUUCCAGAUUUAACAUACCGAUCGACUUGUCAGAAAGGUCAACAUGUGACAUUAAAAAGAAAAGUUUAUUGGCUACCCUCUUGGAACAAACAACAAUUCUCAUAUGGGAUGAAGCCUCAAUGAGUGACAAACGUUGCUUUGAAUGCUUGGACCGUUCAUUAAGAGAUAUACUUGAAUGUGACAGUAAGUUGUUUGGUGGAAUGUCAAUCUUAUUAGGUGGUGAUUUCCGACAGACUUUACCUAUCUCUCCAAAAAGCAGCAGGUCACAAAUUGUUUCUUUAACCUUACCAAACUCAUAUCUAUGGCAAUGUUUCACAGUCUACAAAUUGAACCAUAACAUGAGGUUACUCGGUGGUAACAGUCACUUCACUUCAGACUUUUCUAUAUCAACAUUUGCAUCAUGGUUAUUGAAAGUUGGAGAUGGAGAAUUAGGACAUUCAGAUGUAACUGACACAGCAAACACAAAAUCGAUUGACAUACCAUCCUCACUCAUCAUUCCUCCAGGAGAAGCAGCCUUACAAAGUCUUAUAUGUUUUGUAUAUGGAAAUGACAUCCUUACAGAACCAUCCCUAACUGCUUUGUCAGAAAGGGCAAUUAUAUGCCCAAAAAACAAGACAACACAUCAUAUAAAUGACUUCAUCCUUAACAUUUCUCCUGGAAGCGCAACAACUUAUAAAAGUGUUGAUUCGAUUGAAUCAAAUGGGAAUCAAACAUUACAAUUUGAAAGUUUUUACCCACCUGAAUAUCUCAAUGAACUGAAUUUCUCUGGCAUGCCUCCACACAUACUCUUACUCAAAGUUAACACGCCCAUUAUGUUAGUCAGGAACCUAAACCAACGAGAAGGUUUAUGCAAUGGAACACGCUUAAUGGUGUCGCACUUAUUACCACUGCUAAUAGAAGCAACUAUAAUAACUGGAAUAUCCAUUGGAAAGCGAGUAUAUCUGCCACGCAUAAAGUUUAUCUACAAAAGCUCUGAUUUGCCUUUCACUUUCAUUAGAAAACAGUAUCCAAUUAAGGUUUGCUAUGCCAUGACAAUUAACAAAAGCCAGGGUCAAUCUCUGAAAAAAAUUGGCAUUUACUUACCCGAACCUGUGUUUGCCCACGGUCAAUUCAAGAACAUGUCUGAAACAUUCACAACCAUUUCGGAGUUACAGUAUGGGUCUCCCGGGACGAAACUUGAAGUACGUAUUCUGCGCACAUGGAAACCACAACAGCGUACGUAUGAAACCUGGUAUCUAGCAGUUGACAAAUACGGUGAUGCAAUCCAAAUAUUAGGACAAAGAAAAGACCAGGGAUAUGUAGAAUCCGUCCUUAAAGUUUCUAAGUGUUACACACUCUCCAAAUAUGGAUGUGCAGAGCCAGAUUCCUUUCAAAAAUGGAUAGACAAUGAAAUAUAUAUUGCUGUUGGGACAGCUUCUUCUAUCACGUCUCUCUCAGACACCAGCACAAUCCCCCAAAAUUGGUUUCAUUUCAUAUCUAAACAACAGAUACCAGACUUUGUUGACCAAUCCCCAGACUUUGUAGGAAUAUUUGUCAGGUUCAGAGAUUGCCUUAAGAAAAACAAAGACCCUUUCCUCCUACUAAUUCUGAGAAAUGAUUCUGGUCAAGAAAUUGCUAUAAGUCUUUGGAGAGAGUGCACAGAUGUGUCAGACAAGUUUGACCGUGCAGCCAUUGAAAACACAGUCGGGCCUACAGUAAUAGCUGUAACAAAUGUUAAAAUCGCACCGGUUGUUGGUUCACUAAUGCUAGGAACAACGAGUGCAAGUUAUGUUUACAUCAACCCACCAAUCGCAGAAACAACCACAUUACUCAACAGUUUCGCAACAAAUCCUACUUCCUUAACCACAAUAUCCGCACCACCAAUAUCACUAUUUGACAUGAAGAACAAAAGUCACUCUGAUCUUCUGGAAAGAACAUUUACAGUGACAGCAUCAAUCGUUGAUUUCAAAUUCACAGACACCUGGUACAGCGUACUCUGUCCCCAAUGCAGAAGACCAACAUUGAAGCAGGGGAAUAACUGGUACAAACUUUCUGCAGCCAUCACGGACCCGACUCAUUCAAUGAAUGUCACUCUAUUAGAUAACACUGUGCAAAAACAAACGGCCACAACAUCAGACAAGCUAAUAAACGAAAAUGAACCAGAUAACAGAAAAACAAUACCAUCCAUCAUCAACGAAAAGAAAGGCGUCACUAAAAAAAUGGCCAUCCAAAUGAUGAAAACAUCUACUACAAACAACAUUCGCUUCAUAGUUACCGACGUUGAAGGAAAUAACAUCCAUAAGUCAGCAAUACCAACAACACCACCUCCAACAAUAGGACUGCCCUCCAAAACAACCGAUAACCACCCUACAUCCUCAUCUAACCCACCCCAGUCAAAAGUUAGAAGAAAUCUGACAUAUGAACAUCCAGAUCAGAAGGAAACACCACCAUCAGCAAAACAUCCACGCCAUCCUCACUAA